CCUUAGCCACGACAUCCCACUUGGCCUAAGCUGAUAUACUUCUUUCAUCAAUCACACGCUCUAUAUAAAUUGCCAUCCUUGCACUUUCCCCGCUCUUGGGUGUUCCUGCGGAGGCGUAAUUGUUUCGAAAAUGUCCAAGGCCUUGACCAAACCGCCUCGCGCUUCUGCGUCAGCGGCAACAGACCCCAUACCAUCUGAGCUUCUAAAAUAUCUAGAGAAGUACCGUGUCGUUGUCUGUACUGUUUGUCAGUACGCAAUUCAGCCGAAUGCAAUAGCCCGACAUCUUAAAGAGAUACAUCGCAUAACCCGGUCCCGUCGAAGGCCGUUUAUGCAACACGUCUCUAAAUUUGAGCUGGCUGAGCAGGAUUGCGUGGUGGGCUUGACGCCACAAGACUUCCCCGUCCCCUUACUUCCAGUGCAAAGCGGCCUUCAAUGUCAAUACAACAGUUGUUUACAUUUAUGCGCCACGGAGAAGCGUAUGAAGAGCCAUUGGUAAGUCAAACUGCUGCUCGUUUUGUACCCGCUAUUAUUCGGUGCACUUAGAACGAUCGGCUCAAUUUUAGAUAUCCUCAAGCAAUUUUUUCAAAUGAUCCAAUCAUGUGGAAAAAACUGUCAUGGCUAUUCUACCUAUUUAGCACCAUGAUCAAAAGGACUCUUACUAACCUUGAGGUCCUGUUAUUUAGGCUCUCCAGCCAUGAACGCCGAGGACAACCAAUUAUCGAUUGGAAACCCGUGCCGCUACAGACCUUUUUCAAAGGAAACCUUCUUAGAUACUUUACAGGAAUACCACAUAUCAAAGAACCCGACAAAAAGUUGGCUCAGUUCGGCUGUGAUAAUGGUGUGAAAAACCUCGAAGUAAGUCUAGGGAGUUGUUUUGUUCCCCCGAAGCUUGGCUAACGAAUUGCAGGUAAACAGCGAACCGAAGCCUGCCGAAGCAGCAAGAGCCCCACUUUCUCCACUAUCUGCUAUUCAACUUUCAAAUCUAAUCGAUAGUUCUAAUAACCCUCUAUUGCAUCAUUAUAUUGCAAGUACCAGUCUGAGUCUUUCUACGAAUAGCGAGAUGAGACUUAUGGUAAGCAAGCACAUUUAUAUCCUCGUCUUCCAUCCCAAAACAAAUUCGAACCGGGAACUGCUUGAUAUUUGAAACAUCCCUAUCAUUUGUUACUGUAAUAUCUCGCACAAUUUAACCAGUUAUGCGAACAGUUUAAGUUAACUAGCAUUUUUUGUUCCUUUCACUACUGAAACCCCCUGUUUGCCUUUCCUGUUACUUGGAAAUAAGACAAGGCUGACUUUCUGAACUUCUCAGUGGCAAGUAUUCGUGCCACAGCUUGCCUAUCAGCACCAAUUCCUGAUGCACGCCAUCCUAGCCUGUUCCGCUCUCCAUCUCGCAUAUCAGAAUCCAGAGCGACAACAAGAAUUAGUAGCCAAAGCCACCGAACACCAAGACCUUGGAAUGCCUUUAUUCCGGUGGGCUAUGGCCAAUCCCGACCUACGCAACUGCGAAGCAGUGUUUCUCUAUACUCAUCUCCUAGUGAUAAACUGUUUCGCCUUGGAAAAAGAAGCCGAAAGGCUGUUCAUGGUCGAUGGUAACGCAAAAGACGAUGAGGGCCUUCCGGCAUGGUUGUUCUUCAUUCGAGGUGGAUGUUCCAUGCUUUGCGAUGUGUGGGACAAGAUUGAGGCGGGUCCCGUGCGGUAUUUGGCUGUCGCUUGGGACUUUCCUAUCGAUAUUUCAGCAUAUUCGGAUCAGCCUUUGAUUGACUAUUUUGUUUCUGUUCCUCACGAUGAUGUAAGUACAAGAGAUCGCACAUCUAUAUGCAACAUUCCGGGUUAUUCACGGUGGCAUCUGUGCUCGAACUCUCAUUGCUUUAAACCCCUGGGGUAUUUUCUGGUUAUUCUGAGAUUUUUGGAAUAAUCGAGAGUACUUCCAGACAUCUAGAAUAAUUACCUCAAUUACACUAAAGAAACACAACAGCGACGUUUCUCUCAAGGAGCCAUCUAUUUCACCUUAGCCCAAAACACUUGAAGCACUGUUUGAAAUGCUUUAAAGAAAAGGAGAUCUUCCGCUAACACUUGAUUUCCAGUGGGACGAACAAAAACAAAAACAAUAUCGAAUUGCCUCUCUUGAACUAGCAAACGCCUUCUGCUGCAUGCAAGCCAUGGGCGAGAAUGCCACAACCUGGGACAUCAUUCGAAUAUGGCUUAUGAGAAUCCCCGUACCUUUCACGGACUUACUGAAAAUCUACGACCCAGGAGCAUUAAUUCUUCUGGCUCAUUAUUGCAUCAUUCUUUCCAGAGUUGAGUCCUCUUGGUACUUGAAGGGUCGAGCUUCGAGGUUGCUUUUUAUGAUAACGCGGAGGCUGGAUGAGAAAUGGCAUCGUUAUAUCAGAUGGCCGUUGGAAGAGAUUGGAGUUUCGACGCCUUCUGGAGCGGCGAAGCAGUUGUCGUGGCCUCCUGUUUUUGAAUGA